GUUCACCCGACGAUUUCUGCUUCUCGGCGGGCGUCGCGGUCCUCCUCCUCAUCCACUACCAUCCAUGAGUGCUUCGAAUAAUAUAUCUCCAGCGCCAGCUCGGUCUCUAUCGUCUUCGAACCGAGCAGCUGCACCAGCCCGGCGAGCAAACAAGCGCGCGUCACUGCCGCGUCUCCCAAUUCCAGACCUGCAGAAGACCGUCGACCGGUACCUGAAUUCGUUAGAGCCAUUCAUGCUCGAGGAGGACGCGCGUGGGGGCAUGUCCUACACCUCUGCUCGUACUCUGCGCGACAGAUGGGCGACCGAGUUCACAGAAGGUAUCGGCGCGACGCUGCAGGAGAGGCUGAUCGCACUGGACAAGGCUUCUCCCAACAACUGGCUAAACGAUAACUUCUGGAUAAACAAGGCCUACUUGGAAGGGCGAUCGUCCUUACUCGUCAACUCCAAUUGGUGGCUCGCGUUCAAGGACGAUGAUCUCAUACCACCUGCGCAAGCUGAACAAGAUGCUGAAGAAGGCGGACUUUCCGGUAUAACGCCCCUGCAGAUUCGGCGCGCAGCCUGGAUAACGCAUCGAGUACUGGACUUCCGGGAAAAGUUGGCGUUGCAGGAGAUACAUCCCGAAACCACGAAGACGGGCGUCUGGAUGCAAGAGAACACCCGCAAGGUCUUCAACACAACGCGCAAGCCGGAGCCGUACUGCGACGUUGUCACCUCCACCCCCUUCCCCUCCGAAAACCCUGCCGCCCGGCGAAUGAUCCUCAACGUGCACAACUGGUUCUACGCUGUCGACAUUUACGGCGGCCAAUGCCGACCCCUCCCGCCAACGCGCGUCGAAGCCAACAUACACUCCGCCGUUGCCGACGCGCACGCGCGCCGCCAAGCAGGCGAGACCGCCGUCCCCGUGGGCAUCCUCAGCGCCGACAACCGCGACGAAUGGACGAAGAACCUUGCCCACUUGCUGUCGCUAUCCCCUGCGAACCAGGAGACGUACGAAGCCGUCGUCGACGCUGUCAUGGGGCUCAGUCUUGACACGCUGCCGACGACGCCGGUGCACCAUCAUCCGAACACGGACACGCCGAUACCCUUCUCGUCGACGCGAAUAAAGCCUAUGGACGAGCACUUGCAUUCGAUACGCGGGACGACGCACAAUGUUACAAACCGCUUCUUCGACAAGUCGUUCACGCUCAUUGUCGAUCCUCUCACUCGAGCCGGCGCUAUCGGCGAGCACUCCCCGGUCGACGCACUCGUACCAAGCAUCGUCGCUGAGUACGGAAUUAUCGAGGGUUGCCCAUCCUUCGACGAUGUCCAGCCGGAGGCCCCGUCGGGCGGCUUCCGGCGCCUUGAUUGGGUCGUGGAUGACGAAGUCGAACGGGCGUGCGCUCGCGCGAAGGCACACGCCGACGCGCUAAUCAUCGACUCCGACAAUAUGGUGCUGUGGUUCGAAGACUACGGGACGGACUGGAUCAAGACCUCUGCCAAACUCUCGCCCGACGCGUACAUCCAGAUGGUCCUCCAGCUCGCAUACUACCGCACGUCCGGGGAGUUCUCGGCGACCUACGAGACGGCGCUCACGCGGAUGUUCAAGCACGGGCGUACGGAGACAAUACGGUCGUAUACCGCUGAAGCCCGCGAGUGGGUGCUCGCGAUGUGCGCGAACCCCGGGGAGCGGAACUACGUCGCAGACCCACGCAAGCUGCGUGCGCUCCUCGACGCCGCGGUUCAAAAGCAUACACGAUUGACGCGCCUCGCUGCGACCGGCCAAGGUGUCGACCGGCAUCUCAUGGGCCUCCGUCUCAUGCUCCGACCACUAAACGGCGAGAACGUCGCGCUGUUCGAGGACGUCCUCUUCGACAAGAGCCAGCAAUGGAAGCUUAGCACGAGUGGCUUGAGUGCUGGGCUGCUUUUCAACGGCACUGGCUUCGGUGCCGUGUAUCCUGACGGUUAUGGGAUCAACUAUCUCGCUGCACCCGACAUGAUCAAGUUUGGCAUCGAGUCGAAGCACUCAUGUCCCACUACAUCAACAGAGGGCUUCCGACUUGCUGUUAUUGAUGCUCUUCGAGAUGUCAAGGCUCUUUGCUCUGCUGACUCACCUAAUGAUAUCCCACAUAGUCGCUUGUAAUAUAUCCUUAUUGUACUACUUAUAUUUCACUCUGCAUCACCAAGUAAGUUGGAAAUAUAUUGAAGCAAGGAUCUGCAC